AUGGCCUUCUACGCGGGAUUGCAUCCCACCUGGACGGAGUCAUUUGAUGCAUUUGCAAUGCUGAGAAUUGGGGUGCAACUGGCGGAGCGAAAGGAUGUGAGAGCUCAGAUGCCGCUGCUGGGAAACGCAGAGACGGAAGACACUGCGAUUCUGGACCGUACGGACGGAAUUAUAGGGGAGGAUAUCGAUGCAGUGGAGACUGAGAAUGUCGGUCGGCUGGUAGUGGGUGGACAUGGACAAGUGAAAAAAGGCAAACGCUACCUCGUGUUUCAGUAA